AUGCGGGAGCAACAUGGACCACAGCAGCCCAUACAGCAGAGGGCACGAACGCGCCUCCGGCCCACCCGGCGCUGCGCUCUGCGGGGCACGAGCGCUGGCGCUGCAGCGGCGGCAGGAAAGCCACGGAGCGGCUUGGCCGCGCUCAGCUCCGCGCUGCACGGAUGCCCUCCAAGGGAGGCAGGCAGCGGGAAGACACGCGGAUGCUCCGCAGCCGGGUCCCCUCUGCAGGCAGGCGGCUCCGUGCCGUGCCGAGCAGGAGCACUUGCACCUCCGGAAAGCCUCGCCUGCGGAACCGGCCGCUGCGAUGAGGAGCGAGCGUUCCGGCUGGAGGAGCUGACGAACCGGCUGGCCUCGCUGCAGCAGGAGAACAAGGUGCUGAAGAUCGAGCUGGAGACCUACAAGCUCAAGUGCAAGGCGCUGCAGGAGGAGAACCGCGACCUGCGCAAGGCCAGCGUCACCAUCCAAGCAAGGGCAGAGCAGGAAGAGGAAUUCAUCAGUAAUACUCUGUUUAAGAAGAUUCAAGCUCUGCAGAAAGAGAAAGAAACACUCGCAGUGAACUAUGAAAAGGAAGAGGAAUUUCUCACUAAUGAGCUCUCAAGAAAACUGAUGCAGCUACAGCAUGAGAAAGCUGAACUGGAGCAGCAUUUAGAGCAAGAACAGGAAUUUCAAGUGAACAAACUUAUGAAGAAAAUUAAAAAACUGGAAAAUGAUACUAUUUCGAAGCAGCUCACCCUGGAGCAGCUAAGACGUGAGAAGAUUGACCUUGAAAAUACUUUGGAACAAGAACAAGAAGCACUAGUGAAUCGUCUCUGGAAGAGGAUGGAUAAGCUUGAAGCAGAAAAACGAAUUUUACAGGAGAAGUUAGACCAGCCAGUAUCUGCUCCACCAUCACCGAGAGACAUAUCAAUGGAGAUAGAUUCUCCAGAAAAUAUGAUGAGACAUAUCAGAUUUUUAAAGAAUGAAGUGGAAAGGUUAAAGAAACAGCUGAGGGCUGCACAGUUACAGCAUUCAGAAAAGAUGGCACAAUAUUUGGAAGAGGAGCGUCAUAUGAGAGAAGAAAAUUUGAGGCUUCAAAGAAAAUUGCAGAGGGAGAUGGAACGCAGGGAAGCACUCUGCAGACAACUAUCGGAGAGCGAAUCCAGCUUAGAAAUGGACGAUGAAAGAUAUUUUAAUGAGAUGUCUGCACAAGGAUUAAGACCUCGCACUGUGUCCAGUCCUAUCCCUUAUACACCCUCACCAAGUUCUAGCAGACCUAUAUCACCUGGUCUGUCAUAUGCAAGUCACACAGUUGGUUUCACACCACCAACUUCACUGACUAGAGCUGGAAUGUCUUACUACAAUUCCCCAGGCCUUCAUGUGCAACAUAUGGGACCAUCCCAUGGUAUUACAAGGCCUUCACCACGAAGAAGCAACAGCCCUGACAAAUUUAAACGUCCCACUCCUCCUCCUUCUCCAAACACGCAGACCCCAGUGCAGCCACCUCCGCCACCACCACCACCACCUGUGCAACCUACGGUCCCACCAGCAGCAUCGCAGUCAGCCACUUUUCAGCAUUCAGUGCAUCCCUCCUCUCAGCCUUAGUGCAUGUGCUCAGCAGUCUGUAUGUCAGAAUUUGGACUCAUAACAUGGAGCAGUUUACUAAAAGCCAAAGGCUUACUUGGCAUAUUUGGAUUUGACAUAUUUGCACUGAGGUUAUAUAGGCUUCACUGUUAAUUGUGUUGUAAACGUUUGUAUAAAAUGCAGCCAGUGUUGUGGGUCUACAACACUAACUUAACAAAUUUUCCAUCAGUGUUUACUUGAACUAUAUGUAUGUCCAUUCUCUGGCUGGAACAUUUGCUACUCUGUUUGGUAAUACGGCAUUAUGUCGUUUUGCUUGGCUCCAAAGCUUCAUUUUCCUGGCUUUUAGGUUUGUAAAAUUAAAGGGAUACCUUUUUAUAUUUUUUCAUGACAAUUUGCAUAAAAUUAAAGGCAUGAUGGGCUAUGUUAUAAAUCCUGAAAUAUUACAGUGUUUACCAAGCUUAUGGUAACGCAGCACUACGUUUCAGUUAUUUGAAAUAACAGCUUCUAGUGCAAAAGUGAGUCAGACACCCUAAUCAGUGCCCAAGACACAUACUCUAUUGUAUCACCUAGUAAAUAAGCUUAAUUCAGCACACACGACAGACACAUCCUUGCUUCUCCUGUCUAAAAACCUCCAAUGUAUGGUACAGUGAGGGAACUGACUUGCUGCAGUUAAUGGAAUGUACAGUUCGUUGGACCUUAAGAUUUGAGUAUUUCACUUGUCAUUUACAUUAACCUGUAAGCUGUCCAUGCUGUGUGAUCCAUCACAAUUAACCAAGUGUGGUCCUGCCCACAGGUUACUGAUAGCUGAUUGAAGUGUGCUCUCUGAUAUUUUGCUGCAGAAGGCAAUGUGAUUGUAGAGAACAGCUGAUUUUUUUUCCUGUUUAAAAUAUAUUAAUUGCGAUUCCCCUGAAACAAAGGUGAACAAGUAUUCUAAAUGUUCAAAAGUCUAUUAGAAAAUAAGGUAUAAGAUGAACAUAUGGGAAUAUAUUGGUGUUAACAGCCAAAACUGUUGUUUUGCUUGGUAGAAACAGAAACAGAGUACAAGAAAGCAGCACAAUGUGGCACUAAUGAAUAAUGCUUAUUUAGCAGCCUAAGCCGGUACAAUGUAUAAAGAAAUGUAUUCUGAAUACAUUCUUUCCAUUCAUUUAGCACAAAUAAAUUGUUUGGUUUCACUUUGCAGUGGAA